AUGGCUACUCUCGCGACCUUCCGCAUCCCGGAAGUCAACAAUGAGCCCAAUGUCCUCUACGCAAAAGACUCGCCGGAGCGUCAAAAGCUCACGGCCGCCGUGCAGGCCCUCAAGAAACAGGCGCCCCUCAACAUCCCCAUCGUCGUGGGUGGGAAAGAGCUGAAGACGGAAAAGACCUCGCAUCAACCCAUCCCCUCCUCCCACAAAGACACCCUGGCCACAUGGUCCCACGCCUCUACCUCCCACAUCUCGCAGGCCAUCGAUGCCGCCCUCGCCGCCAAGCCUGCAUGGGAGCAGCUGCCCUUUGCCGACCGUGCGGCCAUCUUCCUCAAGGCCGCCGACCUCAUUAGCGGCAAAUACCGCUAUGAGAUCUGCGCAUCCACCAUGUUGGGCCAGGGCAAGAAUGCAACGCAGGCGGAGAUUGAUGCUGCGGCGGAGACGUGCGACUUUUUGCGCUUCGGCGUCAAGUAUGCUCAGGACUUGUACGCGCAGCAGCCUACGCACAACUCCCCUGGCGUGUGGAAUCGCCUGGAGUACCGACCACUCGAGGGCUUUGUGUAUGCCAUCACUCCAUUCAACUUCACCGCCAUUGCCGCCAAUCUGCCCGCCGCGCCCGCGCUGAUGGGCAACGUGGUGGUGUGGAAGCCUUCGCCUUCGGCCAUGGCCUCCAACUGGUUGAUUUACAACAUUCUAUUGGAGGCUGGUCUCCCCGCGAACGUCAUCCAGUUUGUGCCCGGUGACCCAGUCGAGAUCACCAAGACGGUCCUGGCACAUCGCGAGUUCGCGGCCUUGCACUAUACCGGAUCGACCGCCGUUUUCCGACAAUUGUAUGGACAAAUUGGUGCGGCGACGGGUGAGGGCAGGUACCGAGGCUACCCUCGCAUUGUCGGCGAGACGGGCGGCAAGAACUUCCACGUCGUCCAUUCGAGCGCGAACGUAGAGAACGUGGUGAUCAACACUGUCCGCGGCGCAUUUGAAUACCAAGGGCAGAAGUGCAGCGCGACCAGCCGAGCAUACUUCCCCAAGAGCCUCUGGCCGCAACUCAAAGCCGGACUCGUAGAGGAAGUGAAGAAGCUGAAAAUCGGGCCGCCAGAGGAGUACGACGCCUUCGUCGGCCCCGUCAUCCAUCAGCAAUCCUUCGACAAGCUUUCAAAGGCCAUUGACGACGCCAAAAACGACGCCGACCUCGAGCUCGUCGUCGGCGGCUCCUACGACGGCAGCAAGGGCUUCUACAUCCACCCGACCAUCUACACCACCACCAACCCCAACCACCCCCUCCUCGACAAGGAAUACUUCGGCCCCAUCCUGUGCAUCUACCUCUACGACGACACCACCGCCAACCCGACGCAGGCCUUCGUCGACGUGUGCAAACUCUGCGAUGCUACAUCCGAGUACGCGCUCACGGGUGCAGUCUUCGCACAGGACCGCGACGCGCUGCGGUACGCCGAGGAGGCGCUGCGCAACGCCGCCGGCAACUUCUACGUCAACACCAAGUCGACCGGCUCGAUUGUGGGGCAGCAGCCGUUUGGCGGGGCGCGCGCGAGUGGCACGAACGACAAGGCGGGCUCGCCGAACUUGCUGGCGAGGUUUGUGUCGAUGCGGUCGAUCAAGGAGGAUUUUGUGGGGAACAAAGAGGUGUUGUAUCCCAGCAAUUUGGUGUAG